CGUUUGCACGAGGUGAGAGAGAGACACCGAGAAAGAAGAGAAGGGAGCGAGCGAGCGAAGAGCAGCGAUCGAGCUACACAAUCAAUACAAAAACACCCAACUUCGUUUACAAAUCAUAUACAAAACGCUAAGCCCAUCUGUAAAUGCACUUCAAACUUGCAAAAAAUUUGAAAAAAAUUGUAAUUUGAAUUAAAUAAAUACAGAGCCUGAAUUUCAAGCCGCGAAGAACCGUAUCCCAAGUUACUGAGACUUGGAUUUCUAUACAAUUCGUCAAGUUCAUUAAGUGAUAAUACUUUUACGGUUCGUGAAGCUCGUGGGAAGCCGUGGUUGGUUUUGGUGAUUUGAAGCUAGGGUUUUGAUUCAUUCUGUAUUGGGAUGAUUUUGGUUUGUCUUCCCGGUUUUGGAAUAACUUGUGGUGUGAGUUUGAUCUUUUAGGGUUUUGGUUUCAUUCGAAGAUGAGAUUGGAUUUGCAUUGUAUUCUGAGUGGGUGGGUAAAUUUGGGGUUGUCUGGAAACGGAAAUAACUGAAAUUUGCUUUAGAAUUGAGAUUUUUGGUAUUUUAUUAAUUAUUUUGCUGGGUUUUUAAGUCUGUUUCUUAAGAUAUGCAGAGUUUGAGAUUUUGAUUUCCAUGUGACGGUAUGGGGUGGAGGAAUUUGUGGUUCUUGUGAUGCAAGAAUAACAAGAAUACAGAGGGGUUUAGUUUUGGGAAUUUUAGUUUUGUGAAGGUGUAUGAAUCUAUUGUUGAGAAAUGCAACCUCAGCACGGUUCUAGAAUUGAUUUGGUUGAAUUGAAAGCUCAGAUAGUGAAGAAGAUUGGGAUUGAUAGGUCAAAGAAAUAUUUUUAUAAUUUGAAUAGGUUUUUGAAUGAGAAAAUAAGUAAGAUUCAGUUUGAUCAAUUUUGCCUUCGCCUACUCGGAAGGGAGAAUGUUCCCCUGCAUAACCGAUUGCUUUUCACAAUCUUGAGAAAUGCAUGUCAAGCUAAGACUCCGCCGCCAUUUAAUGAGACGGCGCUCACGAAAUCUGUAACUCAAGGAAUAAAAGUUUCUCCCAAUAGAGAAGAUGGGCAUGAACCAAGUGGGUCACUUGCUCCAAGUCAGAAUCAAAGUGUUCCUAUUUGGCCAAAUGGAGUUUUGCCAGUGUCACCACGAAAGGUUAGAUCUGGGGGUCGUGAUCGGAAGGUCAGGGAUAGGUCUAGUUUGCUGGGACCAAAUGGAAAGGUUGAAUGUAUUUCUCAGCAGUCAUUAGGUACAGACGAUAGUAGUGUUAGGCUUCAUCUGGAAAAUGGGGAUUUAACACCUUGUGAUUAUCAGAGACCACUACAACAUCUUCAUGGAGCUGCAGAGCAACCUGAUAAAGAGAAGGAGGGAUCAGUUCGAGCCACUGAACGACCAAGAAUACCCAGUAAAGAUUGGUCUGGACUUGGUUUCUUUGAAGAGGGGGAAGAAGUGGAGCAAGCUAACCGCUUGAAUUUCUCUAGGAGUCCUCUAGUUGCUCCCCUCGGGAUACCAUUUUGCUCAGCUAGUGUAGGUGGGACCCGCAAAACUAUUCCUUUGCAAAGUACUGUUGAUUUUGUCAGCUAUUAUGACAGCUGCGGUUUGUCUGAUAAUGAGACGCUUAGGAAACGUAUGGAGCAGAUUGCUGCGGCUCAGGGCCUUGGAGGUGUCUCAUUGGAAUGUGCUAAUACGCUGAAUACAAUGUUAGACGUGUAUCUGAAGAAGUUGAUCAAGUCAUGUGUGGAGUUGGCUGGAUUAAGGUCUGCACAUAAACCAAGAAAGCACACCGUCAACAAGCAACAGAUGCAGGGCAGAGUUAUAAAUGGGAUAUGGCCUAGUAAUCACUUACACUUGCAGAAUACUGGUCGUCGUCAGGAAGUUAUGCAGAACCAAGGACCACAAUGCUCAAUAUCGUUGUUAGAUUUCAAGGUUGCCAUGGAGCUGAAUCCGCAACAACUUGGAGAAGAUUGGCCAUUGCUGCUGGAAAAAAUUUGCAUGGAAUCUUUCGAGGAAUGAAAAUGCAUAGAAAGAUUAUUUUUAUCCCAUAAUUAUGGUUGGGUCAGUCUGUUCUGGUUCAGAGGGCGAUUGUUGUUGAAAAUCUCUGAAGCUUCCAGUUCAUGCAUAUUGCUGGGUGAACCAAUUGGCUACCUUUCAGAUUUAUGCCUUGGCCCUUGAAGAUACAAAAAAUUGGGUUGAGCACCAUGAUGUCUGUAUUCUCCUGCUGCAGAUCUUAAUGCAUCUGCAUCUCAUUCAACAAUAACCAAGCAAGGGGUACUUUCAUUUAUAGAAUCUCAUGCUUGGUUGCCCUAUUGUAAGAUUAACACUGACAUUGGCUGUCUCUUGCCAUUGCAACAGAUCUUAAGUUUUCCAUGUAUAAUAACAGCCAAUGAGGUGGUAUCUAAGAAAGUUUUGCAGGAAUACUGUUUUGUAGCUUGGUGAAAGGUUUAAUCACUCAUGUAAGGGCUGUAGUUUGCUCUGUAUGUAAUUUAGAAUCUAAGAAUUGAUUGGAAUUCCAAUAUUAAUAACAAAUUGAGAUCCAUUUAAUA